GUUUGUCAGUCAGGGGUUAGAGUCUACGUGGUGAGGAGUAGAAUCACCUUGAUUGUGCACCUAUCACCAUGGUUGAGACCCGUACUGGGCUAGAGACUAACCCCUAUAGCAAGGAGCAGCAAGAAAAGAUGGCCGCCUUAGUCAGAGAGAACAAGGAGAGAAAAGAGCGCGAGAAGCAGGCGAAGCUAAAGGCUAUCGCAGAUGAGGCGGCGAAGAUGAAGAGGUUGGAGGAGGAGAUGAAGAGGGUACAACAGGAGGAGGAAGAAAGAAGGAAGGCUGCUGAAGCAGAAGCGGCAGCAGAAGAAGAGAAAGAGAGAAUGAUAAUUGAGAGUGGAGAAGGGAGUAGUGGUGGCACGAUGAAGUGGGAGACAGAUACUGAGAUGGAGAAGAAGAUCAGCGAAUGGAUCGCUAAUUUAUCGUUGGGGGAAGACGAGGAGGUAGGGUCAUAUGUGACUAAGGAUGAGAAGGCUGCGCUGGCCGCUGAGCUAGCAGCCAUGACAGACCCGAUGGAACGAAGAGAGUGGGAACACGAGCAAAAGUUAGCAUGGAAGCUGAGAAUGAAGAGGGAGAAGAAGAAGAGGAGAGAGGAAGUGAAUAAGAUGUCCGCAGCAGUAGCAAAGGUGCAGGAGUGUAGAGUGGAGGUGCUGGCCCAGCCAGAUGAGAAGGCCAAGUGGGACAAAGUACUGGGCUAUCUAGAGGUGUUGCGCAAGGCCUGGAUGGAGGAGCGCCAGGCAAGCUGGAGCCAGGAUGUAGCGUUGAGUGCCAUGCGGUACGGGUUCAGGGAUUUUGCGCGCAAAAUCGUCACCCACAUUGGGAGCAAAGUCAAACAGUUGAGGGACAAUGUAGGGAAGUUUUGUGAGGGCGCCAUUCAGGGUGCCAAAGCUGCAACCGCUGUAGAAGGAGAGGCCAGACCCCGUAAGGACCCAGUGAAACUUAAGUUCCCAAACGCGUACGGGGGAAAGAAGGACGAGAACUUUGACAACUGGGAGGCCAGUGUCAAUAGUUACAUUUAUUUACAGCAUAUCCUGGUAGAGGAGCAAGUCCUCAUGGCCUUCCAGGCCCUCAAAGAUGAAGCGGCUAGCUUUGCCAGGUCUCUUGCGCGUACAGCCGGUUGUGAAAACAACCUGGUUGCAUAUUCCAAAGUCACUCCUCUUUCCCAAUUCUUCAAGCUCCUCAAGGAGCGGUUCGCUGAUCCAACGCGAGGCAUUAGGGCCUCUGAUAAGCUCCAAACGAUCCACUCCCGGCAGUGGAGGAGUGCCAAGGCACUCAAGGGUACUAUGGACGACUUGGUAGCCGUCUCGGACCAUGGGGUCACUGAGCCCCAGCUGGUCCAGUUGUUUUAUCGUGCCAUUCUAGAGGCCCUACGCGGGCAUUUCUUUGACAAAUCUCAGCAGGCCGACAUGACUUACAAUGCAUUGAGUAGAGAAGUCGUCCUGUAUGAGUCGAAGUCUAUGCCAGUUACCACUUUCUGGCAUAAGGACCUGGAGAAGGGGAAGAAGUGGAAAGAUCGUACCAUCUCGGGCCAAGUCAAGGCCAAGGAUCACUUGAUCCUGACAUUAGAGGAGGGUGGUACAAAAGAGGUCCUAUAUGAUCAGAUAGAGUGGGGCCUAGGGGAGGAGUACAGUAGUGUAGGGCAGGGGAGGUCUUACGCUGCUGUCGCGGUCGGAGGGAGGCCGCAAGGUAGAGGAGGAGGCCAGGGCCAAAGGGGCCAGGCCAUGGGAGGCCGAGGACCGGGUGCACAUGGGGUUGGCGGACAGGGAAACCGCCAAGCGGGAGGUAGGGGUCAAGGUCCCCCGUUAAAUCGCCAGGGGAACCGAUCCCCACAGCGAGGAGGUGGAAGGGCACCUCAAGGAGGAUGGCAUCCAGGCUUGCCGCACGGCAGGCCCUGGGAAGACUUGGGCUUGGACUAGCGAUUAUGGCAGGAACGCGUGAACAUGGGUCAGUGCGUAUUCUGCGGUGACCCGGCGCACGUAGUAAAAUUUUGUCCAAAGU